CAGGAUAUCAGCAUCCAGGUCACACGCAAUCCUCUUUUUUGCCUAUUGCAAGACCCCCUAUACACCAUCUCCUACACAAUGCAUAGCAUUUCAACUGCUGCGGCCUUCAUUACGGCGCUGGCCGCCAUUGUAUCCUCAGAGGAGCUCAAAGCCAGUGACGUUCCACAAGCAUGCACGAGUAUCUGCGGACCUAUUGUCACAUUGACCAACACGUGCGAUAUCGACCCCAAUGGCACUCGACGUCGGAUGCUUCGACGCGAGGCUGACGGCGAUAACGGAGGGGAUGCAGACGAGUCUGAUGAGGCGAUCGAAGCUCAGUGCGUCUGCAAGAACACAAGCUUCAACGUGGGCCGCGUCGCAGCUCUUUGCGCAGCAUGCCUUACCCAAAAUAGAGGCGAGACCGAAGAUAUGAGCAAAAUAAUGUCGCAGUGCAGUUUCACAUCUACGACAUACGUUCCCGCUGCCACGUCCGCCGUGGCGGGCGUGACUGUCCUGGCGACAAAGCCAGCCGUGCCUACCAGCGUUGGUUCCAGCGCUACGAAAACGUCCGGCAGCGCAGCGCCCAGCGCAACAAAGGCGGGCUCAGGAACAUCAGCUGGCGCGUCAUUGCUCGGCGCGCCUCGAUACGGGGUAUUGGUAGCAGCAGUUCUGACUCUUGCCUCUGCCUCAUUCUUUUAAGUAGCCCCCGGAUGGAUAUGUAGUUGGGGCUUGCGGAUCAAGUGAGCAUCCGCCUGUAGUAUAUCACUAAGCUUAGAUAGCUUCACAGCCGACUUAGAGAGAUCUUACGUAAAUGGGAAUGGGUGCAACA